AUGGCGAAGAACGCGGCGAGGAAACUGGCAUGCAUCCGUCGCAUCACGCCCCUCCUUGACGCCAAAGGCUGCUGCACGCUCUACCACUCCCAGGUUCGCUCCGUUAUGGAGUACUGUCCUCUGGUGUGGUCCUGCUGCCCUCCAUCAUACCUGGAACUACUAGACAGUGUCCAAAAUCGAGCCCAGAGACUGUCGUAUAAAAUGCCAGUAGAAGACCGACAUUUACACUUCCAGCCACUUCAGCAUCGACGAGAUGUUGCAGCUCUCUGUGUACUCUACAAAGUACACAGGCAAUGCGUCCCCUAUCUCAUGUCCCUGCGACUUGAACAACGACCGGUUUCAACGCAUGGCACACGACAUUCUAACAACCGCGGUCAAGAGCUGCAAAUACCCUUCUCCAGGACUGAACUUCAUCAACGCUCUUUUCAACCCAAAUAUUCCAGGCUCUGGAACACGAUGGUUCAGCAAACCUCUCUGCACAACCUCCCAGCCUGCAAGCUGUCAAGGUUGCUGUACAUAGAUGGAGGUCCCACGAUCCUGGAUAAUAAUCGGUGUUUCAACUCAUAA